AUGCAAGGCCGGCAGGAGAUGGGGGGAGAGUCCGUGAGUGACUUCGUUGGAGAACUGGGGGAGGUUUCCCACCAAGCAUCUGGAGGACAGAAUAGUGAUGGUUCCAAACGCGUAGGAAUCUGCUGCUACGAUCCCCUGCUGCUGCCUGGUGGGAAAAUCAGCAGCUCCAGGCUGGGAGAGGGACAUCCCACCUGCACCACCAGCUGUCCUGACCCAGGGGAGCUCAGCAGCGGGUGGGGGGAGUUCGAAGGCUUCCGGGAAUCGUCAGCCAGGUCUGAACAACUCUCUCAGUCCCUUGAACUCUUGGAGAGACCUACAGAAUCUCAGUCACAGAGAACCUCUUCUAUCUCAAAGGAGUGUGGUUCUCUCCAGCCUCACCGGGGUGGACCCUGGGUGACAGGAACUGCUGCUGCCCCAUCUUCAGAGCCCAUUCUCAGCCAUGAGGAUGUUUUUAGGUUCGCUUUUCAAGAAGUUACAGUCAAGCAGGCCACUGAAGAUGUUUGUACCUUAGACCGUUUCUUAGAAAUAAGCAGUGAAGAGACUCCUGACCUCACAUCUGGUCACAGACUGUGCUCUGAAUCUAGGAGACUCUGGAGAGCCCUUCAGAGCACCAGCGCCAUGUCUGCUUCACAGUGCCUCUGGAGUGGGUCCCGCUGCCGGGAGAAUCUCCUCCUCCUCCUCGGCGUAGAUGGCACUCAGAAGAGCCUUACCAGAGGCGUGGGUCACAUUCUGGAAAGUUCUGACCUUGGAGAGCCUAAAGAACUGCUGGCAGUCAGCAGCUUCCAUCUACCCCACUGCAAAGCACUGAUCCAGACCAAGUUCUCAGGAACUCCAAGCAGCAGAAGGGGGAGCCUGAUUACCUACAGCCUGUUUUUGAAGACCCCUCUAUAUGGAAAUGGGCAGUACAUCACAAUUCCACAGAAAAAGAAGAUUUUUGCUCCACGCAACCUAAAAAUGACAUUCUUUAAUAAUGAUGUUUGUUAA